CUCCUCGAAUUCUUACCGUUCGUCCUGCGUUACACGCCGGGGAAAGGAAUUCUGGGAUCGUGUGUUAUGCUGAUCCAAAAUGUUUGCAAGAAAUAAAGAAGUUGUAAGACAAUGGAUACAAGUAUAUAUUUAUAAUACAAGAAAUGACGAUUCUGAAAAAGAAGCUGAUGACCAGAAAAAGGGAUAGGAAGAUGACCUGUUUGCUUGAAGAGCGAGGGUGAAGAACUACUUUUCAAAGGGUGAAACACAAGAAUGGCUUUUAGGAAUUUUCCCCCGAAGUAAUUUGUGACUGGAUCCUGUUGCCAAAACUUGGCCUCUGUUCACCGGUGCCGAAGAGAAAUGCGGAGACAGAGUUUUGGGUGAAGUAGAAAGGAGUAGCUUUUAUUGCUUUGCCAGGCAGAGGGGGCCACAGCGGGCUAAUGCCUUCAAGACUGUGUGACCCACCCUGGAGGCCAUAGUGAGGAGUCUUACAGUGUUCGAGGAGCAGGGCGUGAUCAGCUCGCGGACAGUUCUCGGAUUGGCUGGCAUCAAGUUCCCCGACCACGGAUCGAACCCGUGCCCCCUGCAGUGGAAGCUCACAGUCUAAACACUGGACCGCCAGGGAACUCCUGGUGUAUUGUAUUCUCCCUUCAGGGGGACUGGACUCUGCAAGUUCUCUCUUGUGGGUGAGUAUCUGGCCACUUCAGCACUCACCUAAUUCUUGAUCAACAGUAGCAAGAGGCGUCCAGGAAGUCUCACUGGCUCUGCUGGUUCCACAGUUUGUAUGGAGGACAGGUUACUCUAACCCAGCCCAGUGAAGAUCUCUGGAGACCAUGACCAAGAAAAGAAUUGCUGUGAUUGGGGGAGGAGCGAGUGGGCUCACGUCUAUCAAGUGCUGCCUGGAAGAAGGCUUGGAGCCCGUGUGCUUUGAAGGGACUGAUGACAUCGGAGGGCUGUGGAGGUUUCAGGAAGAACCUGAAGAAGGAAGGGCCAGUAUUUACAAGUCAGUUAUCAUCAACACUUCUAAGGAGAUGAUGUGCUUCAGUGACUAUCCCAUCCCAGAUCACUAUCCUAACUUCAUGCACAACUCCCAGGUCCUGGAGUAUUUCAGGAUGUAUGCCAAUGAAUUUGACCUUCUAAAGUACAUUCGAUUUAAGACCACGGUGUGCAGUGUGAAGAAGCAGCCUGAUUUCUCCACUUCAGGCCAAUGGGAGGUACUCACGGAAUCUGAAGGGAAAAAGGAGGUGAAUGUCUUUGAUGGAGUUAUGGUUUGCAGUGGCCAUCACACCAAUGCUCACUUACCCUUGGAAAGCUUCCCUGGAAUUGAGAAGUUCAAAGGACAGUACAUCCAUAGUCGAGAUUAUAAGAAUCCAGAGAAUUUCACUGGAAAGAGAGUCAUUAUAAUCGGCAUUGGGAAUUCUGGAAGCGAUCUGGCUGUGGAAAUUAGCCACACAGCCAAGCAGGUUUUCCUCAGCACCAGAAGAGGGGCUUGGAUCUUCAAUCGUGUCGGAGACUAUGGAUAUCCUUUUGAUGUGUUGUUGACUUCUCGAUUUCAAUAUUUUAUGAAGAAGAUUUGUGGUCAAUCAUUAGCAAAUAUAUAUUUGGAAAAAAAGAUGAACCAAAGGUUUGAUCAUGAAAUGUUUGGCCUGAAGCCUAAACACAGAGCUCUGAGUCAGCAACCAACCAUAAAUGAUGAUCUGCCAAACUGUAUAAUUUCUGGCUUGGUGAAGGUGAAAACAAAUGUGAAGGAAUUCACAGAGGCAGCAGUCAUAUUUGAGGAUGGCUCCAGAGAGGAUGACAUUGAUGCUGUUAUCUUUGCUACAGGCUAUAGCUUUGCCUUUCCUUUUGUUGAAGAUUCUGUCAAAGUAGUAAAAAACAAGAUAUCUCUGUAUAAAAAGGUCUUCCCUCCUAACCUAGAAAAGCCAACUCUUGCAAUCAUAGGCUUGAUCCAGCCCUUGGGUGCCAUUAUGCCCAUUUCAGAGCUCCAAGGACGCUGGGUCACUCAAGUAUUUAAAGGGUUAAAGACAUUGCCUUCACAAAAUGAAAUGAUAAAAGAAAUAACUAAGGUUCAAGAGGAUAUGGCCAAAAGGUAUGUGGACAGCCAACGCCAUACCAUUCAGGGAGACUAUAUAGAUACCAUGGAUGAGCUUGCUGAUCUGGUGGGCGUCAGGCCCAACCUGCUGUCCCUGGCCUUCACUGACCCCAAAUUGGCAUUACAGUUAUUUUGGGGACCCUGUACUCCAAUCCAGUAUCGGCUACAGGGCCCUGGAAAGUGGGAUGGAGCUCGAAAAGCUAUCCUCACCACAGAAGAUCGUAUCAGGAAGCCGCUAAUGACAAGAGUAAUUGAAAGCAAUAAUUCUACAACUUCAGCAAUAACAAUGGCCAGGUUUAUGCUGGCUGUGGCUUUCUUUGCUAUAAUUAUUACCUAUUUUUAGCUGUUCCAUUGUCAUUGUCCCAAUUUUCUUUGAAAGCUGGAUCUGGACAUGCCUUUAGAACCUGACAAGAUUGAACAACUCUCAGCUUCACAUUGCCCAGAAGUCUACUUUUAUUUCUCUUUCCAAAGCAUCAAUCCUUUUUCCUCUUUUCCCUACAGUGAAAUCUCAGCUUUUCAUUUGUACUGACUUACCACCCUUACUCUUAUGACCCAUCACUUUUUCCUUCCAGUAAUUCCUGGACUGUGAGCUCAGGUACUCUUUUAGUCAUCUUUGUUUUGCCCUUAGCAGAGUUCCUGGCAUGUGGUAGGUGCUUUCUUUUCUUUUUUUUUUUACAUGUUUAUUGGAAUAUAAAUGCUUUACAAUAUUGUGUUAGUUUCUGCUGUAAAACAAAGUGAGUCAGCUAUAUGUAUACAUAUAUCCCCAUAUCCCCUCCCUCUUUAGCUUCCCUCCCACCCUCCCUAUCCCACCCCUCUAGGUCAUCACAAAGCAUCGAGCUGAUCUCCCUGUGCUAUGCAGCAGCUUUCCACUAGCCAUCCAUUUUACAUUUGGUAGUGUAUAUACGUCAAUGCUGUUCUUUCACUUCAUCCCAGCUUCCCCUUCCCCCCCAUGUCCUCAAGUCCAUUCUCUAAGUCUGUAUCUUUAUUCCUGCCCUGCCCCUAGGUUCAUCUG